UUUGUGCUACGUGCGACCUCUCUGUUUGGGCCGCGGACUGUGUGUGAUGAGGGGCCACCACCCCCAUCUUCUUGAACAACACUUUCGUCUCUGGCCAGCACGUACAAGCGCUGCAGCACGUCGCGGGCUGGCUCGACGGGAGUUGCCGCCGCCGCCGACAGUGCCACGUGUGUGGUCAGCGCACCGGCCGUGACCAAUGACGAUAUCGAACAUCGGACGGUUCGUAGCCGUUCAGCUUUGCUGUGUAAAGACCCAGUCCGCACUUGACGUGCUUCGACUUUGCGCCUACUCCAUGGCAUGUUGGACUGGCCCCAUUCGAUAUCUGGCAGAGAAUCGCGGUGUUUCGGGCAGCGAUUGAGAAAGAUCGCUGGAAUUUCGAACGGACAUUCUCUGCAGCUCCGAGCGGAGGCAGCCCUUGAUGCCAGGAGCGGACAGUUCUUUCCUAGGGGGUUUCACGACGGAAAAUUCCACCUUAACGUUCGAGGCGAGCGUAGCGACCGCCGACCAUGGACGUCACAUUCAAUCCUGCUCGCAACAUAGCAAGGCCCAUCGUCAGCCCACUAUCGCGUUAUAGUACACUCCCACCAUCGCCACCAUGCUUGCUCUCCUGUCUAACGAGUCGACCCACUCCAUGUACCACGCGGCGCCGCCGCUUUCGCCCGGCCAAACCUCGACCGCGAGCUCGGACUCGAGCUCCACGAGCCACCACGCGUCGCCAAACCACCACGGGCUUACCCGCAAGCUGCACGGCACGGGCGACGCCAUGCCAACGUACUUUGUCUCGCCCGAGCUCAAGUGCCAGUACAAGACGGGCACGUGCACAAACGAACGCACGACCAAGAAAAACGGCAAGCUCCUCAUGUUGUGCGAACUCCACCGUACAAAACAAAACGAGAUCAAGAAACGCAGCGACCGCAAACAGAGCGCGAUGCGCAUGAACCGGCGGCUCGAAGCCAAGCAGAAAGCCAUGCUUGUCGUCGAUCCCCGCCUCGACGCCAACAAGAUCAAGUCGUUCAAGCGCGUUCCCAAGUUUGAAGAGCUCUUGUCAUGUGAUCCGAGCCAGAUGUGGGACCACCACCAUAGCCAUCACCACAUGCACACGUACGACACAUCGUCAUCAUCCGUGUCGCUCCCCCGCGUCAACGUGUGGCGAACCAAAGACGGCAUUGCCACCGGCAUGUCAUCGCAUUCCGUCUUUAAAGCGUUCCCGAUGCCGUACUCCCCCACUGGUCACAUGUUCGACUGGGGCGCUCCCCAGCCGACGGGAAGUGUCACACCCCGAGGCAACGACCUCGCCAUGCUCGAGUUCUUCCUGGACGACUAAAGCCGCCGCCUCGUCCUCCACUCCCCCAACUGUCGUAGCAGUCACCAACCCAAUUGUAGUCCUAAUUAUUAAUUGCAUCUUCCAAGUCCACCG